ACACACACACACACACACACACACACACACACUCGAGUGAGCUCCAGAUGCAACAUCAAGAGAAGACACAAACCUUCAAUCCUUCCUGUAAAUGUUCAUCAGGAUGUGGAUUUUCGUUGUGUUUUUCAUCGGUGUUAAAGGUCUGGUGAAUGGUGAGUGGGUAAAGACAGUGAUGGAGGGAGACUUUCUGACUCUACAUACAGAAGCUGAACCGGAGAAAGACUCUGAGGCAGUGUGGUUUUUUAAAGGAGAACAUCUUACCACCCGUGUAGCGCAGAUGAAUAAGGGAACAGUUACAUAUUUUGAACAGGGACUUUCUGGAAGAUUGCAUCUAGAUCAAGAGAGUGGAUCUCUGACCAUUUGGAACAUCAGUACCAGUGAUUCUGGACUUUAUAAAGUAACUCUCACCAUGAAGUUAUAUAUCUCUGAGAUGAAAUUCAAAGUUAAUGUGUAUGCACCUGUCUCUGAACCUGCUAUUGAGUGCACCUCAUUGGUAACUGUCGACCAAUCUUCAGGUACUAUAAAGCAGCCUCGAGCAUCUGAGGAAAUAUGCUCUGUGCUUUGCUCUGUGAGAAACGAUCGAGACGUGUCCAUCUCAUGGUAUAAAGGGAGUGAAAUGAUGAGACAGACCAGCAAUCCUGAUCUCAACAUCAUCCUCAGUUUACCAUUAGAGCUUCAUUGUAAUGAUUCAGAGAUCUACAGCUGCACGGCUGAAAAUCCAGUGAGCAACAAGAGCGUCCGUCUUCUCACGAAAGAGAUCUGCCAAAGACAUGAAGAUUGUCUGGAUCAUUGUUGUGGCGCCACUAUUCGACUUGUUCUGUCUGCUCUAGUAGCAAUUGCCACUGUUUACUUUCUGGUUGACCAUGUAAGGACCUGCUCAUUUGAGAGAAAAGCUGCUGCUUCUGUUUAAUGAUACUUUCAUGAGAAUUUGGUGGUUGUGAACUAGACAUGGACUGUGUGAACUCAAAGGGUUGAGGUGUAAAAAACAUCUAAUUUAGUCCUCAGUUGUUCCCUUGGAUGGUACCAGCUAUGAUAUGUAGUAGCCCAUGCUACACCUAGGCUAAUUGCCAUGCAAGUACAUAAAAUGCACAGAAACUUUUAUGUAGCCUAUAGUUUUGUAUAUAUUGUUAACAAAUGAAUGUGUUUGACUGUUAUUAUCAUUAAUAAUGUAUUAAAGUUUUGGAUAAAACUUUA